AUGUCGGACCACAUAUCCUCAACGGAGGAUUCUUCUCUGGUCCUUCUUGUCAUCUCCACCAGUUUCACUUCCCUUCAUCUCUGCAGCGAUCUCUUCAGCCUUGUCCACCACCAUGACACGCAAGCAGGCGACUACCAGGCCACCUGUGUGGUUCUUCUGCGCUUCGCGUCCCUGGUAGCCGGCAUCUCCCUACUCAAGCUAGCUCACCAUGACCAUUGGCUUGACUUUUGCGUCCUCACCUCUCUUCUUCUCCUUCUGGUUGGAGAGUCACUGUGUCGAGCGAAGAUCACGCCGAGAGGUCGACCGCGGAAUAACGUCUGCGUGGUGAUAAAUACCUUGGCGAUAGGUACAAGGUUCUUCAGUGCUGCAGCGAGGUGA